UCAUGUAGAUAGAUAUUGGGAAUUCUGAACUUUGAUGCAUUUAAACAGAUACACAGAUAUAUUCAGAGUAUCUAUUGGAUCCCAACCCAUUACCAGAGUCAUUACUUUACCCGCUCGUGCAGCAUGGACGCGAACCAACCGUCCGUGAGCGGUGUGACGGCGGACGUGAUAAAGGCCGUCGUUUCACAAGCUCUGCUGGGGAAGUUCACAGCUGUUUUCCCAAAGCUUUUCAAGUGCCAGUGGAAGACGUACGAAGGUCAGAAGAAGUUCUUUGCCAAUUUCAGCACCGACAACAUCAUCACCGCCAACAGCAACAGCAACAACAUGAGUGGCCGCAAAUUCUGUGUGGGAGGCAACUGGAAGAUGAACGGCGACCAGAAGUCCAUCGCCGACAUCUGCAAGACCCUGUCGGGCUCGGCCCUGGAUCCCAACACCGAGGUGGUCAUCGGUUGCCCGGCCAUCUAUCUGAUGUAUGCCAGGAAUCUGCUGCCCUGCGAACUGGGUCUGGCCGGCCAGAAUGCCUACAAGGUGGCCAAGGGUGCCUUCACCGGUGAGAUUUCGCCCGCCAUGUUGAAGGACAUCGGUGCCGACUGGGUUAUCCUCGGCCAUUCGGAGCGUCGCGCCAUCUUCAAGGAGUCCGAUGAGCUGAUUGCCGAGAAGGCUGAGCAUGCCCUGGCCGAGGGACUCAAGGUGAUUGCCUGCAUUGGUGAGACCCUGGAGGAGCGUGAGGCUGGCAAGACCAACGAGGUGGUGGCCCGCCAGAUGUGCGCCUAUGCCCAGAAGAUCAAGGACUGGAAGAAUGUGGUGGUGGCCUACGAGCCCGUCUGGGCCAUUGGCACCGGCAAGACCGCCACUCCCGAUCAGGCCCAAGAAGUUCAUGCCUUCCUGCGCCAGUGGCUGAUUGACAACAUCUCCAAGGAGGUCUCCGCCAAUCUGCGCAUUCAGUAUGGUGGCUCUGUGACCGCUGCCAAUGCCAAGGAGCUGGCCAAGAAGCCCGACAUUGAUGGCUUCCUUGUGGGCGGUGCUUCCCUCAAGCCUGAGUUUGUGGAUAUUAUCAAUGCCAGGCAGUAAGGGGGAACUCCAAUCUCCCCAGAGCCACAGGAACGCAGCUGGGCAGGAUCUGCAAAUUAGGAUUCCUUCCCUCACUAGCAUUACGCACACACCUCAAUGCCACCAGGAGUGCAGUUCAAAAUCCCUAGUUACCUUUGCGAGAAGAAAAGCUACACUUACAUCCCUGUUGUUAAACGUAUAGUCGUAUAUUGUGUAAAUCUUAAAUUAUUCUGGCAAUAAUUACACGCUACUCAUUUACUCAUACUAAACCAAGAA